UCCUGGACUGAGAACAUGUUGGCGAGUAGGGAACAGAUCCCCAAGCAAAAGGUACUUUGGUGCACGCCUCUCCUGGCUCUAAGCUAUGUCCUUUACAACAGAUCCUUAAUUUGCUUUCCUAAGGAGCCUUCUAAAACAUCUUGGGGGGCGCCCAUCGUAUGGGAAGGAACUUUUGAUCGCAAGGAGGACACUUACUUACGUCAGGCUCGUGGAACGGUGGUUGGUCUCUCGGUGUUUGCAGUUGGAAAGUAUCUGGAUGCUUACCUUGAACAGUUCCUUGUCUCAGCCAAUCUUUACUUCAUGCCUGGCCUGCCCUCCGUAGUCUAUAUCCUCACUGACCGUCCAUCAGAUGUGCCCACCAUCCCUGUGCGAUCCGGUAUGUCCAUCACCACCCUGCAGGUGAGCAACAGGGGGCGCUGGCAGGACAUCUCUAUGCUGCGCAUGAUGGAUCUGAAGGAUCUACUACUGCCUCUGGCUCGAGAUCAAGUGGAUUACCUUUUCUGUGCAGAUGUAGAUCAGAUAUUCUCCUCUAGUUAUGGGCCGGAGACUCUUGGUAACCUUGUGGCUCAGAUACAUUCUGGAUAUUACUUACAAAGCAGAAAGAACUUUCCCUAUGAAAGGAAUCCUUUAUCUGCGGCCUUCAUACCUCCAUCGAUGGGUACGUUCUACUACCACGCAGCAAUGUUUGGUGGAGCACCCGCUUACCUCGCCAACCUCACCUCGAGCUGCCUGAGGGACAUCUUGUUGGACAAGAAAAAAGGUUUGGAAGCCAUUUGGCAAGACGAAAGCCACCUCAAUAGGUACUUUACCCUGGAGCACCUACCGACAAAGGUGCUAUCGCCUGAGUAUUGCUGGGACAACAAAUUAUGGUUGAAGUAUCACAGACUUCGCUGGGCAGAGAAAAACUAUGAAGAAACAAGAGUGACCCAGACACAGGAGUAAUGAGACUGCCUCCCGGGGGCAAUAACUGACCAACGUCCAGCAGAUGGACAUCAAUAGGAGGCAACUAUGACUCCUACUCUGUGACAAGGCCGAAAUUUCUAAUUUUUAUAAUUAGAUUUUUUUUUUUUUUUGCUUUCGUAAAGGUUAUUUAUAAUGCUGCAAUAUAAUGGCUCAAUAAUACAGCAAAACAGUACCUAAGCUAUACUACCUUCAUCUCACUGCUACAUACUGUCACACAAUAUUACCAUUCAGUGCCUAAAUGAACUGUGUGUAAAUGGUACUCCCAUAUAAAGUCCACAUUAUAUCGCCAUGAA